GGUCUCAGCUCUGUACUUCCUUUUCAACCGUGGUCGCCAUCGUGAGUGGAGUGUGGUCUCUCGAGAAAAUGGCCUGUGCCAGACCCCUGAUAUCGGUCUACUCCGAGAAAGGAGAGGCCUCCGGCAAAAAUGUGGUUAUGCCAGCCGUCUUCAAGGCUCCCAUCCGCCCGGAUAUCGUGAACUUUGUUCACACCAACAUGCGCAAGAACAGUCGUCAGCCCUACGCUGUGAGCGAGCUGGCCGGUCACCAGACCAGCGCAGAGUCCUGGGGCACAGGCAGAGCCGUGGCACGUAUCCCCCGUGUCCGUGGUGGUGGGACUCAUCGCUCUGGCCAGGGAGCCUUUGGAAAUAUGUGCCGCGGAGGACGAAUGUUCGCACCCACCAAGACCUGGCGUCGCUGGCACCGCAGGAUCAACACCACCCAGAAGCGUUACGCCAUCUGCUCCGCCUUAGCUGCCUCUGCAUUGCCUGCCUUGGUCAUGUCCAAAGGGCACCGUAUUGAGGAAAUCCCAGAAGUCCCCCUGGUGGUUGACAACAAAGUUGAGGCAUACAAGAAGACAAAGGAGGCAGUGCUGCUUCUGAAGAAAUUAAAGGCUUGGAAUGAUAUCAAAAAGGUAUAUGCGUCUCAGCGAAUGCGCGCCGGUAAGGGUAAGAUGAGGAACCGCAGACGCAUCCAGCGCAGGGGUCCCUGCAUCAUAUACAAUGAAGACAGUGGCGUUACAAAGGCCUUCAGAAACAUUCCCGGUAUCACUCUCCAGAACGUGAACAAACUCAACCUGCUCCGCCUUGCCCCCGGUGGCCAUGUUGGUCGGUUCUGCAUCUGGACAGAAGGUGCCUUCAGCAAGCUGGACGAGCUGUACGGUACCUGGCGCAAGGCAGCCUCCCUCAAGGCUGACUACAACUUGCCAAUGCACAAGAUGACAAACACAGACCUAAGCAGAAUUCUUAAGAGUCCAGAAAUUCAGAAAGCUCUUCGUGCUCCAAAUAAGAAGAUCAGCCGAAGAGUGCUGAAGAAGAAUCCUCUGAAUAACCUGAGAGUGAUGAUGAAGCUCAACCCAUACGCAAAGACAGCACGGCGCAAUGCCAUCCUACUGCAUGAUUCUGCUAUCCAAGAGAAGCAGCUGAAGCCCAAGAAGAAGAAGAGAAAGGCAGUGGAAAUGCCUGCCGCUGAGCCAAAACGCAAGAAGGCAAAGAAGGCGAAGAAGCCCAAACCUGCACGUGAGGUACCUGCAGCAGCACCUGUUGUGGAGGCGGUAGUUGCAGAGGAGAUGGAAGAGGAGCCAGCAGCUGAGAUCCCGGCAGUGGAAUCACCUGUGGAAGUGUCACCUGUAGCUGAGCUACCAGAGGCAGAAAUGCCUGUUGCUGAGGUCCCUGAGACGGAGGCACCUGAGGCUGAUACAGAGGCCGAAGUGCCCGUUGCAGAGGUAUCCCAGGUUGAGGCAGAGAUGCCUGUAGCCGAGGCAGUAACAGCCGAGAUCCCUGCUGAGGAGCUACCUGCCGAGGAGGUGCCUGUAAUGAAAGCACCCGAGGUUGAGGCUCUUGAGGCUGAGAUACCCGUAGCAGAAGUAGCUGAGGCAGUCGAGGCUGAGAUUCCUGUAUCGGAAGUGGCUGAGGCUGAGGAACCGGUAGCAGAGAUGCCAGUAGAGGAGGUGCCUGAGACUGAGGCGCUAGUUGAGGCAGAGGAACCAGCUGUGGAAACACCUGAGGUUGAGGAGCCAGUAAUGGAGGUACCUGAGGCUGAGGUGGUCUCUGCUGAGGCGCCUGCAGAAGAAGAGGCUGAGGUUGAGGCACCUGCGUCUGAGGUGAUUUCGGCUGAAGCUCUCAUUGCUGAAGCAACUGAGGCUGAGGCGCCGGUAGUGGCACCCGUGGCUGAGGAGCUGGCAGCAGAGAUACCUGCAGCGGAGGCACCUGAGGCAGAAAUGCCAGCCGCAGCUGAAGUGCCUGUUGCAGAGGCAGUUGAGGACGAGAUGGCAGCAGCAGAGAUCCCUGUAACGCAGGCGCCUGAGGCCGAGAUCCCUGAAGCUGAAAUGCCCAUAUUGGAGGCGCCCCAGGCUGAUACAGCGGCAGUCGAGACUUCCAUAGUGGAAGCCUUUGAGGAUGAGACCUACACUGCUGAAAUGAUUGCAGUGGAGGCCCCAGCAGCUGAGGUUCUCCCCGUGGAGGCCCCAGAGCCUGAGGUUCUCCCUGUGGAGGCCCCAGAGCCUGAGGUUCUCCCUGUGGAGGCCCCAGCGCCUGAGGUUCUCCCUGUGGAGGCCCCAGCGCCUGAGGUUCUCCAGGUGGAGGCCCCAGCGCCUGAGGUUCUCCCUGUGGAGGCCCCAGCGCCUGAGGUUCUCCAGGUGGAGGCCCCAGCGCCUGAGGUUCUCCAGGUGGAGGCUCCAGCGCCUGAGGCUCUCCCCAUGGAGACACUGGAGGCUGUUGCCAUGGAGACCCUCGAGGCUAAGAUACCUGAAGUGGAGGUGCCUGAGGUCGAGAUGGCAGCAGCAGAGGUUCCUGAGGUUGAGAUGGCAUCGGCAGAGGUGCCUGAAGCCGAAAUGCCAGAAGCGGAGUAAAACCCUUUUUAGUAGUUCAUUUGAAUCAGAAUUCAAAUAAAGUCCCAUUUUAAAAACAAAA